AUGGAGAACGAAGGAGCCGGCACCCUGCGGAUAAGGCAAGUCCUGCUGUUCUUUGUUUUUCUGAUGUCUCGGGCGGACUCUGAGUCUGGGCGCUUUUCGGUGGAAGAGGAAAUGAAGAGCGGGAGCUUUGUAGGCAAUUUGGCAAAGGACCUAGGACUGGAUGUGGGUGAGCUGUUCUCAAGGGGGGCUCGGGUGGUCUCUAACGAUAACAAACACCAUUUGCAGCUGGACGUCAACACCGGGGAUUUGCUUUUAAGCGAAGCGCUAGACCGGGAGGAGCUCUGUGGCUCCACCGAGCCCUGUGUUCUGCAUUUCCAGGUGUUAAUGAAAAGCCCUUUGCAGUUUUUACAGAUUGAGCUCCAGGUCAAGGAUAUAAAUGAUCACUCUCCUGUCUUCUUAGAAAAAGAAAUUCUCCUAGAAAUCCCAGAGAAUAGUCCUGUCGGCGCUGUGUUCUUACUAGAAAAUGCGAAGGAUUUAGAUGUAGGAAUCAAUGCUCUAAAAACCUACACAAUAAGCCCCAACUCUCAUUUUCACGUUAAAAUGAGAAUCAAUCCAGACAAUAGAAAAUACCCAGAGUUAGUUCUGGACAAGGCGCUGGAUUAUGAAGAGCAGUCGGAGCUCAGUUUCAUCCUCACUGCUCUGGAUGGUGGGUCUCCGCCCAGGUCUGGGACCGCCUUAGUGCGUGUGGUGGUCUUGGACACUAAUGACAACUCCCCGGAGUUUGAGCAGCCCUUUUAUGAGGUGAAGAUUCCGGAAAAUAGCUUAUUAGGCUCACUGGUUGUCACCGUCUCAGCUUGGGACUUAGACUCUGGGAAAAAUGGGGAAAUAUCAUAUACUUUUUCCCAUGCCUCAGAAGAUGUUCACAAAACAUUUGAAAUUAAUCCAAAGUCUGGAGAAGUUAAUUUAAUGGCAUAUUUGGAUUUUGAAACAAUUGAAUCAUAUUCAAUCAUAAUACAAGCCACAGAUGGGGGAGGCCUCUUUGGAAAAUCGACAGUCAGGAUUCAGGUGAUGGAUAUAAAUGACAAUGCUCCUGAAGUCACCGUGUCAUCAGUGACUAGUCCAAUUCCAGAAAACUCAUCUGAGACUGUGGUUCUGGUUUUUAGUAUCCUAGACAGAGAUUCUGGGGACAAUGGGAGGAUGCUUUGUUCUAUCCCAGAAGACCUGCCAUUCAUACUAAAAUCUUCAGUAAAGAAUUACUAUACAUUGGAAACGGAGGGAGCACUGGACAGAGAAAGCCAAGCAGAGUACAACGUCACCAUCACCGUCACCGACUUGGGGACCCCCAGACUGAAAACCCAGCACAACAUCACCCUGCUGGUCUCCGACGUCAACGACAACGCCCCCGCCUUCACCCAGCCCUCCUACACCCUGUUCCUCCGCGAGAACAACAGCCCCGCCCUGCACUUCGGCAGCGUCAGCGCCACAGACAGGGACGCGGGCGCCAACGCCCAGCUCACCUACUCGCUGCUGCCGCCCCGGGACCCGCGCCUGCCCCUGGCCUCGCUGGUGGCCAUCAACGCCGACACCGGCCAGCUGUUCGCGCUGCGGGCGCUGGACUUCGAGGCGCUGCGUGCGUUCGAGUUCGGCGUGGGCGCCACGGACCGCGGGGCGCCCGCGCUGAGCAGCCAGGCGCUGGUGCGCGUGCAGGUGCUGGACGCCAACGACAACGCGCCCUCCGUGCUGUACCCGCCGCACAACGGCUCCGCGCCCUGCACCGAGCUGGUGCCCAGGGCGGCCGAGCCGGGCUACCUGGUGAGCAAGGUGGUGGCGGUGGACGCCGACUCGGGCCAGAACGCCUGGCUGUCGUUCCAGCUGCUCAGGGCCACGGAGCCCGGGCUGUUCGGCGUGUGGGCGCACAAUGGCGAGGUGCGCACGGCGCGGCCGCUGGGCGAGCGCGACGCGGCCAGGCACAGGCUGGUGGUGCUGGUCAGGGACCAUGGCGAGCCCGCGCUGUCCGCCAGCGUCACGCUGCACGUGCUGCUGGUGGACGGCUUCUCGCAGCCCUACCUGCCGCUGCCCGAGGCGGCGGCCGAGCAGGCGCGGGCGGAUCCGCUGACCGUGUACCUGGUGGUGGCGCUGGCGGCGGUGUCGUCGCUGUUCCUGUUCUCGGUGCUGGCGUUGGUGGCGGUGCGGCUGUGCAGGCGGAGCAGGGCGGCCUGGGCGGGUGGCUGCUCGGUGCCUGAGGGCCACCUUGCUGGCCACCUGGUGGACGUGAGCGGUACUGGGACCCUGUCCCAGAGCUACCAGUAUGAGGUGUGUCUGAUGGGAGGUACUGGGACAGAUGAGUUUAAGUUUCUGAAGCCAAUUAGCCCUAACCUCCAGAUCCAGAGCUCUGGGAAAGAAAUGGAGGAAAAUUCUACCUUCCACAAUAGCUUUGGAUUCAAUAUUAA